AUGACUGCACAGGGCAAGUUGAAAGUGGGUGUGCUGGGCGCCACUGGUACGGUGGGCCAGCGCUUCAUCCUGCAACUGAGUAACCACCCCGAGUUUGAGCUCGCUGUGCUUGGCGCGAGCGCCUCGUCGGCCGGCCGUCCGUACAAGGAGGCCGUGGCCGGCCGCUGGAAGCAGGUGCACCCCAUUCCCGACAAUGUGCGCGACAUGCCUGUGACGGCGUGCGAGGCGGAGAACUUUAAAGAGUGCACUGUGGUAUUCAGUGGUCUGGACAGCACCCCCGCUGGUCCGAUCGAGGCUGCUUUCCGUGCGGCGAACCUGCGUGUCUUUUCCAACGCCAAGAACUACCGCCGCGACCCGCUGUGUCCUCUGGUGGUUCCUCUCGUGAACCCGUCGCACUUUGACAUUAUUCCUCACCAGCAGGCGUCCAUGUCGCCGCCUCUGAAGCAGGGCUACAUCAUCACCAACGCAAACUGCUCGACGACCGGUGUCGUGGUGCCGCUCAAGGCCUUGGAAGACGCCUUUGGACCGCUCGACACGGUCAUGGUACAUACGAUGCAGGCCAUUAGUGGCUCGGGCUACCCCGGUGUGAGCUCGAUGGAUAUCCUCGAUAACGUCGUGCCCUACAUUAGCGGCGAGGAAGAGAAGGUGGAAUGGGAGACGUGCAAGAUCCUCGGUGGUCUCACCGACGACAAGAAGGCAUUUGACCUGCAUGCUGCGAGCCCCCUCACGGUGAGUGCGCACUGCAACCGUGUGCCGGUCAUUGACGGUCACCUUGCAUGCAUCAGUGUGCGCUUCGCGAAGCAACCUGCGCCGUCGCCCGAGCAGGUGAACGAGGCGCUGCGCAAGUACCGCUGCGAGGCGCAGGAGCUCGGAUGCCACAGCGCGCCUGCGCAGGCCAUCACUAUCCACGACGAGCCUGACCGGCCACAGCCCCGCCUGGACCGCGAGUGGCAGAACGGCGCUGGUGUCAACGUGGGUCGCGUCCGCGAGGACCCUGUGCUGGAUAUCAAGUUCAUCUCGCUGGUGAACAAUGUCAUGCUUGGUGCGGCCACCAGCUCUGUGCUAAACGCUGAAAUUGCUCUCAAGAAGGGCUAUCUCUCGUAG